AUAUGUAGAAUGCCAUACAUAUAAUACGUACAUAUAUCUAAUAGUAUGUAGAUUCAUAUGAUCAGAGCUCUGAUACUCUGAUAUGAUGUGAUGAUUCCCUACAUGUAGGGAAUCUGUUUGCAAUAUGUACGUACUGCUAACUGCUACUGUUAGGGAUAUAAUUGUAGCGGUAGUGAGUCACGAAUCAAUGGAAGACGUUGCAUAGAUUAUGUACUUCAUUGUGUCAUAUUAUAAACCACAUGAUUCUCUUUUUAUACAUGUUACAUAUCACGGAAGAGUUAAGGUUCGGACAACUGCAGAACAAGAAGCAAUAAAAAAGAAAGAGAGAGCUAAGAAACUUGCAGAAUAUAGAGCUGGAAUGGGCUUGAUAUUUCAAAAAAGGAGAGAUCAAAUAUACGAUGAUGAGUUGAUGACAGUUACCGAGCGCUUACUAAUAGAGAAUUCUGACAUUUAUACAUUAUGGAAUAUUCGUAGAGAGGCAUUUACAAAAAAUGAUUGGAAUGAAGAACACUUAAAUGAAUCAUACCAGCAUGAAUUAGUUCUCACUGAAAACUGUUUGAAAAGUAAUCCUAAGUCAUAUUAUGUAUGGUACCAAAGAAUAUGGAUUAUGGAGCAUAUGAGAGAACCUGACUGGAAAAGGGAAUUAAUGUUAUGUUCUAGGUAUUUAAACAUCGAUGAAAGAAACUUUCAUUGCUGGAAUCAUAGACGAUAUGUUGUACAGAAAGCUGAGGUUUCUCUUGAAGACGAAUUUAAAUAUUCUACUUCAAAAAUCAUGAACAAUUUUUCCAAUUAUUCUUCUUGGCAUUACCGAAGCCGGCUUUUAUCAACUAUGUUUGAUAAGUGUAAUCAAGAAACCAUUAAUCAGAAGAAAAAAGAUGAGUUGGACUUAGUGAUGAAUGCUACAUUUACAGAUCCUAAUGAUACUAGUGCUUGGUUUUAUCAAAGAUGGUUAUUAAAUGCUCGAGAUUUUGACUCUGCUCUGUCUCAAGUUUUAUUGCAAGAAGAUAGAAUAAUUCUCUUUACUGACCGAACUGUAUCAUUGGAAUCAGUAUCUUUGCAUAUUAACAAUGAAAUUGAAUCUGUUCAAUGGAAAUCC